AACUAUAAGUGACUGGGCUUUGUGACAUUUAGCAGUGGUUGUUUAGCCACAGUGUCAUUCUUAUGUUUAUGGUUUGUGUGGAAAUACAGAAGAAUCAGAAUGUUUCUCACUACUGUGAACCUUGCCAAGAGCAAAUCCAAGACUUUGCUUGUUCAGAUGAUGAGUGCAGCUGGCACAGGUUACUGUUUCAACACAAAGAGGGGCCGAUUGAGGGAGAAACUGGUUUUGCGCAAGCAUGACCCCAUAGUAAACAAACAUGUUUUGUUCUUUGAGAAGAGGAAGAUCCGCUCUCUUUAAAGUGGAAAAAAACUCUCUUGAUAUGGACACUGAGGAGAGGGACUGUUAUAGACAUGAAACAUCUGCUGAACUGGGGUAAUCGACAUCUAACAUGAUAAUGUCAAUAAGCAAUCAUGAAGAAAGAAGAAAAUGGGAAUGGAUUUCUGGCCCCCAUAUCACUGCAACUUCGGAUCACUGCAAUGACACAAGAAAGGGGUUUGUCCUGUCAUGAUAAUACUGGGUGACUUCAGUGACUAAUCAUUGCAUUAUAUUGGAUGUUUAAGUUUUUUAUUUUUACUGAGGCAAAAUUUGAUUUGUUCAAACAAUAUACCAUUUGCUAAAUUAAUUUAUUGAGUUUGUUAUUGUUCUAAAAAUAAAUCUAGAAACAUAAACAUAACAGACAUGAAUAGUGUACUUUCUUAUACAAAAUUACUUUAUUAUUUGAUAUAAUUGCACAAUUUUAACACAAUUGCAAUCUGUAAACCUUUUGUUACUGAGAAAUAUUUGUAUAAACAUUUAAAAUGAAUAUUGGAGAUUUCAUGAGGAUUUUUCAGUACAUGGUACUUUGUCACAGACUUACUUAUGACUAAAUUUAAACCAGACAUUGGUCUUAACUAUUAUUAUUUAAAGACAAUGGGCCAUGACAAGUGAUA